AUUGUUUCACUUUCCCUUUUGAUCAUCAUCAAUCUUCAUCACUUUUUUUCGCCCCAAUUUUUUUUUUUUUUGGCCACGAUGGGAUCUCUUCUCCGGAUGAAUCGCCUUAAUGAAUCGAGGAAACAAGGAUGUCUAUAAUGUCAACAAUCCCUCCACUCCUGCAGGAAGGUGAAAGGAGAGAAACUGGGAGAGGAAGAAAAGAGGAACUUUACCACUCCUCUGUUCUAAUCUAUGUGAAGGUGUUUGACUGUGCUCGACGUUUAAGAAUGAAAGGAAGACUUUUGAGACUUGUUGUUCAAAUUAUCUUCCAUCGUGGAGUCAUGUAACUGCAUCAUUGACCCACAGUUGCCUGCUGACGACUUGCUAAUGAAGUAUCAGUACAUUUCUGAUUUUUUCAUAGCACUUGCUUAUUUCUCCAUUCCAGUGGAGUUGAUAUACUUCGUUAAGAAGUCUGCUGUCUUUCCAUAUAGAUGGGUUCUUGUGCAGUUCGGUGCUUUCAUAGUUCUUUGUGGAGCAACCCAUCUUAUCAACUUAUGGACAUUUAAUAUGCAUACAAGGAAUGUGGCAAUAGUAAUGACUACUGCAAAGGCCUUGACUGCACUGGUGUCAUGUAUAACUGCUCUCAUGCUUGUCCACAUCAUUCCUGAUUUAUUAAGUGUCAAAACUAGAGAACUGUUCUUGAAAAAGAAAGCUGCACAGCUUGACCGUGAAAUGGGUAUUAUUCGGACUCAGGAGGAGACAGGUAGACAUGUUAGAAUGCUAACUCAUGAAAUCCGAAGCACUCUUGAUAGACAUACUAUUUUAAAGACUACACUUGUUGAGCUAGGAAGAACAUUGGCAUUGGAAGAGUGUGCAUUAUGGAUGCCAACACGUACUGGACUAGAGCUUCAGCUUUCUUACACUUUACGACACCAAAAUCCAGUUGGAUUAACUGUACCCAUUCAACUUCCUGUAAUCAAUCAAGUUUUCGGUACAAAUCAUGUCGUGAAAAUAUCACCAAAUUCUCCUGUCGCAAGACUUCGACCUGCUGGGAAAUACAUGCCUGGUGAGGUGGUUGCUGUCAGGGUUCCACUUCUGCAUCUGUCGAACUUUCAGAUUAAUGAUUGGCCUGAACUUUCAACAAAGCGCUAUGCUUUAAUGGUUCUGAUGCUUCCUUCAGACAGUGCAAGACAAUGGCAUGUUCAUGAGCUGGAGCUUGUUGAAGUGGUAGCUGAUCAGGUUGCUGUUGCUCUUUCACAUGCUGCUAUAUUAGAAGAAUCAAUGAGGGCUAGGGAUCUUCUUAUGGAGCAGAAUGUGGCUCUUGAUCUGGCAAGAAGAGAAGCAGAAAUGGCUGUUCGUGCACGUAAUGAUUUCUUGGCUGUUAUGAAUCAUGAAAUGAGAACUCCCAUGCAUGCAAUAAUUGCACUUUCUUCCUUACUACAAGAAACUGAUCUAACUCCAGAGCAACGUCUGAUGGUUGAAACAAUCCUCAAAAGCAGCAACCUUUUAGCAACGCUCAUCAACGAUGUCUUGGAUCUUUCAAGGCUAGAGGAUGGAAGUCUUCAACUUGAUAUUGGCACUUUCAAUCUCCAUGCUUUAUUUAGAGAGGUCCAUAGCUUAAUCAAGCCUAUUGCAUCUGUGAAAAAGCUGUUCGUCACACUUAGUUUGUCGUCAGAUUUGCCGGAAUAUGUAAUUGGGGAUGAAAAACGGUUAAUGCAAAUUCUCUUAAACGUUGUUGGCAAUGCUGUAAAGUUCUCAAAGGAAGGCAACGUAUCAAUCUCCGCUUUUGUUGCAAAAUCAGACUCUUUAAGAGAUCCUAGAGCCCCUGAAUUUUUUGCUGUGCCUAGUGAAAAUCACUUCUAUUUACGGGUGCAGAUAAAAGAUACGGGGAUAGGAAUUACACCACAGGAUAUUCCCAACCUGUUUAGCAAGUUUACACAAAGCCAAGCGCUAGCAACUACAAAUUCUGGUGGCACUGGGCUUGGUCUUGCAAUUUGUAAGAGGUUUGUGAAUCUUAUGGAAGGACAUAUUUGGAUUGAAAGUGAAGGUCUUGGCAAGGGGUCUACUGCUAUAUUUAUCAUUAAACUUGGCAUUCCUGGACGUGCAAAUGAAUCUAAGCUCCCCUUUGUGACCAAAUUGCCAGCAAAUCACACGCAGAUGAGUUUUCAAGGAUUAAAGGUUUUGGUGAUGGAUGAGAAUGGUGUUAGCAGGAUGGUAACCAAAGGUCUGCUUACACACCUUGGAUGUGAUGUAACUACUGUUGGCUCACGCGAUGAGUGCUUGAGAGUUGUUACACAUGAACACAAGGUAGUUAUCAUGGAUGUCAGCAUGCAAGGUAUAGACUGUUACGAAGUUGCUGUAGUGAUACAUGAAAGGUUUGGGAAACGUCACGGUAGGCCACUUAUUGUGGCAUUAACGGGGAACACAGACAGAGUUACGAAAGAAAACUGCAUGAGAGUUGGUAUGGAUGGAGUUAUCCUAAAACCUGUGUCAGUGUAUAAAAUGAGAAGUGUUUUAUCUGAGCUCUUAGAACAUGGAGUUGUACUUGAAUCUUAGUGAAUGUAGGAGGAAAAUAUGCAGCAACCAUAUGAAAAAUUCACCCAAAUGCACGAGGCGUUGUAUAUAGUUCUCGUCUUUGGAUUUCUUGGUGGAUAACACAAUAUAUCACUUGAAGAAGGUGUAUGUAACGCGACGUUGCUCGAGGCAUUCAACAAAUUUGUAGAAAGGAGUUGAUUUUUCCACUACCAGAAGUGUUCAUAUUCCAUGGAACUUUGUAUAAGAUACUGAUAUUUGACACAACCCUUCAUUUACUUGAAACAUUAGAAACUUUAUUGCCUUGGCUUGACACAACAAUAGAUUAUUAUGUGUUUUUUUUUAAUUGCCUUUUCAUAUUCA